CCUCUGCGCGCCGAAGCUCUGGACCUUUCCAAAGCCCGGCGCGAGGGGUGUGCAGGGAGCCCACGCGUUUGGAGAGCCCGGCCCGUGCAGGGCGGCGCUGGGGACUGAGUGCUCGGGUGGCAGGAUCCUAUUCGGAGGACCGAGAGGAGAACCGGGUAGGAGCCGGGGCGGCGGGCAGGCCGAGUGCAGACGCCUGUCCAGCACUCCCCCUCCCCGCGCUCGCCCCAUUGGUGGCGGCCGAGCGAAGGACUCGCGGCUGCGGGGCUCGCGCCUCUGUCAGUGCGGCGGGGCGCGCGAGCGGCGCGGGGUGCGGAGCCGAGGGAAGCCGAGGGGGCGGAAGCGGUCGCGACUCUCGCGCGUGUGCUCGGGCUCCUCACGCGGCGGCCAGGGCCGCCUCUUCCCUCCCGCCCUCCGAGAGCAGACGCGCCGUCGCCCUUCGGUGCCGCGCGGCUUCCUCCAGACCUCGGCGCGGGUGAGCCCUAUUUCUAGAGACAGCUGCUGCUGACCCUGUAACUCAAAGGACAAACUAGCUGGCUAAACUCAUUCUUGGUACUGUGCCCAUGGAGGCCAGAAGAGAGCACUGAAUCUUUUGUAACUGGAGUCACAGUUGUUAUCUGCUUUGUGGGUGCUGGAAGUUGAACCUGGGUCUUCUGGAAGAGUGCCAGUCCUCUUAGCUGCUAAGCCAUCUCCAGCCCAGGGUUUCUCUGUGUAACCUGGCUGUUGUGGAACGUCAUCUGUAGACUGGAACUCAAGAGAUCUGCCUGCCUUCUGCUUUCUGGAGUGCUGGGAUUAAAGGCAUGGAUCACCACCACAUGGCAACAUUCUUUUUCUUAAUACCUACCAGCACUUGACAUUAGACUGGUGAACACCAUGUCCUUGAAGAUUCAGACCAGCAAUGUAACCAACAAGAAUGACCCUAAGUCCAUCAACUCUCGGGUCUUCAUCGGAAAUCUAAACACAGCUGUGGUGAAGAAGUCAGAUGUGGAGACCAUCUUUUCCAAGUACGGCCGAGUGGCUGGUUGCUCUGUGCACAAAGGCUAUGCUUUUGUCCAGUAUGCCAAUGAGCGCCAUGCCCGGGCAGCUGUGCUGGGAGAGAAUGGGCGGGUGCUGGCUGGACAGACCCUGGACAUCAACAUGGCUGGAGAGCCCAAGCCUAAUAGACCCAAGGGGCUAAAGAGAGCAGCAACUGCCAUCUACAGUGGCUACAGCUUUGACUAUGAUUACUACCAAGACUACUUCUGUGCCAGGCUGUUUGAUUAUCGAGGCCGCCUUUCUCCAGUGCCUGUGCCCAGGGCAGUUCCGGUGAAGCGACCCCGUGUUACAGUCCCUUUGGUUCGCCGUGUCAAAACUACGAUACCUGUCAAGCUCUUUGCCCGCUCCACAGCUGUCACUACUGGCUCAGCCAAAAUCAAGUUAAAGAGCAGUGAGCUACAGACCAUCAAAACAGAGCUGACACAGAUCAAGUCCAACAUCGAUGCCCUGUUGGGUCGCUUGGAACAGAUUGCUGAGGAACAGAAGGCCAACCCAGAUGGCAAGAAGAAGGGUGACAGCAGCAGUGGUGGAGGAGGAGGCAGCAGUGGUGGAGGCGGCAGUAGCAAUGUUGGUGGUGGCAGCAGCGGCGGCAGCGGGAGCUGCAGCAGCAGCAGCCGGCUACCAGCGCCCCAAGAAGACACGGCUUCUGAGGCAGGCACACCCCAAGGAGAAGUCCAAACUCGAGAUGAUGGUGAUGAGGAGGGACUGCUAACACAUAGCGAGGAGGAGCUGGAGCACAGCCAGGACACAGAUGCAGAAGAUGGAGCCUUGCAGUAAGCAGCUUAACAGGAGCAUUGGCCACCAGCAGAAGGGCAUCACUGUCUCAGGCCUCAAGCCAGGCACCCAUCUCUGGAUGCCAGUCUAUAGCGGGUACCAGAGGAAAGCUGGCAGCAGUAACUCUCUCCCCAUGCAUCCUAGCCAGUGAGUGCUACAUCCUUUGCAAGUGGAGUUACUGGCCUACCCUUACCCCAUGCAUUCUUCCUGUCUGCACUGCCUGGGCCAAGGGGCAGAAACACUCUGCUCUUCUUCCCCAGGACAUUCCCAGGCUUGGGGUUUUUCUAUAGGUUUGAAAGUAAAGGGGGGAGGGUGGGAAGGGUGGGAGGAACCUGACAAUAAAGAGAUUGGAUCCAAAUAUGCUCUGAGGUGGAAUGGUUUGCUUGUUUAUUUUGUUUACAUGUGUGUACAUGGUAUUAGGUGGUAGACAUGUGUGUGCCACACUAUCUGUAGAGGUCAAAGGACAGCUCUGUGGAGACAGUUUGCUCUUUUCACCUUUAGAUGGGCUUUGGAGAUUGUCAGGCUUGCACAGGAAACACUUUACCCACUGAGUCUUCUCACUGUCUGUAUUUCUAUGAUAAAACACUAUGACCAAAAGCAACUUGGGAAGAACAGGAUAACUUUAUCUUCUACUUCCAGGAAGCAGUCUAUUACUAAGGAAAGUCAGGGUAGGAACCUGGAGGCAAGAACUGAUGAUGAAGGCCAUGGAGGAGUGCUGCUUAAAGGUUUGCUCCAUGGCUUGCUCAGCCUGCUUUCUUAUAGUUGCCCACAUUGGGAUGGAUCCUCCCACAUCAAUCAUCAGUCAGGAAAAUGCAGCACAGGCCAAUCUGGUACAGGUAUCCUGGCUCCUGCCCACCAGAAAGCUGCUAUAUUGAACACUUUUAUUCUCCACUAACUUCUCUUCUCCAGGGAACACUUUCUUGUCCAAUACUGAACCAUUAGCACCAGUAUUCCUUUGCUAAAAUGAGUAAAGUUAAGCUUGAUGGCUAUAAUCCCAGCACUGAGAGAGAGAGAAGCAGAAGGGUCAGUUAGUUCAUAACUGGUCAGGACUACAUGAGACCUUGUUUCAACAACAACCUAUAAAUGUACCUGUCAUUUUUAGAUCUUUAAUGCAACUCUAGAAUCUAAAUUGCUUGCAGCAAGAAAUAGCUUUAUUUAUUCCAAAAUGGUAAUGUAACAGGGUUUUUUUGUUUGUUUGUUUUGUUUUGUUUUUUUAAGCUGCUCAAGUAGCAUGGAACUGUAAUCCCAGAACUGGUUAGGUAGAGGCAGGAGAACCCAAAGUUCAAGGUCAUCUUGGUUAUAUAACAAGUUUGAGGCUAGCCUACAUUAUAAGAGACUCUGUUUCAAUAAACACAGACAAACAGUAAAUAAGGUUAAAAUAAGGUAACUGUGCAGGUGCUGAGCUGGCGCCAAGCAGUCAUAGGCCAUCUGUCACCCAGCAGUUGGCCACAGCCUCAUCUUUGUACAGCUUCUUAGUCUGGUUUUGGCUCAAAGGAUUCAAGAAUUCUCCACUUUCUCUGUUGCCUUAGAAUGAUGAACUUUGUAUUAGAAUUUGUCCUCUCUUCAGCUUCUUGGAGCUGUUUUAUGUCACUUCCUAACAAGGUAGGCUUGUCUUUUGUUGUUGCUAGCUAUCCUAAUAGGCUUUAUUUUUCAUUCUGUCUAGACCCCCUUUUCUAUAAAAUACAAAUAUCCCUAUAGAGUCGAAAAGGCUUUUCCCCUUUUGGUAAAUGUGGGCCAUUUGUUCUACUCUAUCACUGCAAUUUUGGGCAUGCUGGCAAUUAACACAUCUUAAGUUUACAGUCCCGUUACGAUCAUGUGUCUGUCGCAUGAGCUAAAGAAAGACAAGGUUCUGUAGAUGACUGUAGACAUUUAACUUGAGAGGGUACAGUGCAGAAGGCUGGCUACCAGGAGAACGUAUACCAAGAAUUUGGAAUAUGUUCCUUAUCCAGGGUCCCCAUAGACCAGACCAUCUGAAUUAAGCAGACCAAAAAGCCACAAAUAGCCCAGAAAGUGUUAACUAACUUGCAUUCUCCUUAUUCAGUUAGAUAGAUGUGCCAUCCAGGAUCCCAGGAAUGUGGAUUAGGUUGAGGGUGUAGGACAGCAUCCACCUAGCAAGUACAAAAACUCAAGGUCUGAUCAUCUACACCCAACCUGGGAGGCAGUGUUAAAUUAGAGACCAGCAGUAAUACUAUUUUGAACAAGUGAGUUACCAAUGUUAAAGUUUCAUACAGGUUUUGAUGACAGAUGAGACAUCAAACACUCCAGACCAAGGCAAACAUCAGAAUUUACCUGAGAUAUUUUAAGAUCAUAGCCCCUCUGGGCAUUAAGAGCUUUUAUUCACUGUUAUAGCCAAAAGCCCUUUAAGCCAGGAAUUCUAUGAAUAUCCUUCAUGGAAACCCCAGAGUUGUUUUUUCGAGACAGGGUUUCUCUGUAUAGCCCUGGCUGUCCUGGAACUCACUUUGUAGACCAGGCUGGUCUCGAACUCAGAAAUCCUCCUGCCUCUGCCUCCUGAGUGCUGGGAUUAAAGGCGUGCGCCACCACACCUGGCUUGUUAUUUCUAAUUUUAAACUAUUAAGAAAGGAACAGAUUUUUACUAAGCAUUUAUACAAUUUUGUUAUAGUUCCAUGAAAAUAAGAACACAUACAUAUUUCCAAAAACCUUAAAAAUUUUCUUUAAAUAUGAACAACUUGCAAAAUGUAAUAUUUUAGCUGCAAAACCCAGUAAGAUUUAAAUUUUAUGUGUAUGAGUGUUUUGCUUGCAUUAAUAUCUACAACACUUCUGCUCCUAGUGCCUGCAGAGGGUGCCGGAUCCCCUGAAAGUGGAGGAGCUACAGAUGGUUUUGAGCUACUACGUGGGUGCUGGGAACCAAUCCUGGGUUCUCUAGAAUAGCUAAGUCAUUAUUCCAUCCCCAUUUCUGAAGCAAUUUGUAACUAGACAACCUUGAGAGUAUCCAAAUACUCUUAGUUUGUUCCAUUGACUAUUUGAGACAAUUUAAGUCUUUGGGGGUGGGGGCUUUAAAAGGUGAUUUGUCUAUGGGGUUCAAGAGAUCUCUGCUUAUCUUGAACAUUUGCCUAGUUGUCUCACUAGCUUCAAGCUUGGGAGAUUGUACACAGAUCUUAUGUUACCAAUUUUAUCUAUUAUUUCCCAUUUGAACAAAUCAAACUUAAAUUCUCAGGACUGCCAUAGGUCUUUUUCAGCCAUUCAUGGCUGACAAGUAUGUUAAAUGAGUCCAGUUACAUGAGUGGCAACAGAAAUAGUCUCAUCAGCAUGGGACUGUAGGACAGUACUUCCAUUUUGCUGACCUUGUUUGUUACUGUUUUGGGAAAUGGCCUCUUGGUUUAGCUGUUGUCCUGGUCAUUUCAGUACAUGUUUCUGCACUAGUUGUCUGCUCUUUAGGAACUGAAUCUAUACAGCAGAACUUCUUCUGCCUAGUUUUUGACUACAAGGUAUGAUAGAAAAUUUGAUUCUGGGUGUGGGACAGUAUUCAGGCCUGAGUUUUCAGAUUUGUCAAGGCCUGUCUCAGCCUCCUGAGUGCUGAGAUUACAGACAUGUGCCUCCACACAUGCCUCACUUUUGUUUAUACUCAGCUUUUGCACUGAGUUCUAUAGAAUGUGUGUACUGAGAAAGGGUAGGAUAGAGAUUUCAUGGCUAUUCUGCUAAAUUCUUCACAGGCACUGCUUAUUUGCUUAUCAGAGAUGCACAUCCUGUUAAUAUAUACUGGGAACUGACAAUUGCCUAAGAUCAUGUCACUUGAGAGUCAUAAUGUAAAUCUACUUGAAGCCUACAUGACUGAAAAUCCUGAUUUUUUUUUUUUAGUCUCUUGGGCCUUCCUCUGCAUUCCCAGUGUUCUUUGCUUAACUCCCUUUAAUGCCUGUCUCUCUACAUUCGUCUCCACUCCUAAUUUUUUCCAUGGUAAUAUGAGCUACCAUUAAUCCCGCCUUAGGUUUCAGGCAUGUUCCACUCACAUUCCAACAAAAGGGUAGCUGUGAACCCCAUGUAACUGAGUUGCAUGAAAUAUAGAAUGUCAUGUUUUAAAAUAAACUUAUAAUUCUGUUGUACCAUAUUUACAUUCUUUGGGUAUGCCUAGGCACUCUUUCACAUUAGAUUAAAAAGGUUUUCAUGUU